GCGCGGCGGCUCCCUAACAUCCUCCACAUGUCCUCACAAGGAGACAGGUCGCUGCGUCUCUGAGCCGGUUUCCCUGCAGGUGGACAUGUUUGACCCGCGCGUAAAGACGCACUGAGGACGGACCAAAAAGCUUUGACGCUUUUUUCCCACUUUUUUUCCACAUUAAGAGCAUCAGCAGCUUAAAGAUGUUGGCGAGGAAAAGCAUCAUCCCGGAGGAGUUCGGUGUGCCGGGGCUUGCCUCCCGGAUGCCCCGCAAGCCGGUGUUCAGGGACCGCGUGAACAAAGCGCGCUUUAUCGCCAAAAACGGCUCGUGCAACUUGGCGCACAAGAACAUCCGCGAGCAGGGCCGAUUCCUGCAGGACGUCUUCACCACGCUGGUGGACCUGAAAUGGCGCUUCACGCUGGUCAUCUUCACCACGACGUUCGUCAGCAGCUGGCUGCUGUUCGCCAUGAGCUGGUGGCUGGUGGCGUUCGCGCACGGAGACCUGGGCCAGGAACGGGACCGGGAGCUGGACCUGGACCUGGACCCGGGGCGGCACAACAGGACCCAGUGCGUCACCGGAGUCAAGUCGUUCACGUCAGCCUUCCUGUUCUCCAUUGAGGUUCAGGUGACCAUCGGCUUCGGAGGACGGAUGAUAACGGAGCACUGUCCGACCGCCAUCACCGUCCUCAUCAUGCAGAACAUCAUCGGGCUCAUCAUCAACGCCGUCAUGCUGGGUUGCAUCUUCAUGAAAACGGCUCAGUCGAACCGGCGGGCGGAGACGCUGAUCUUCAGCCGCCACGCCGUGAUCGCCGUCAGGAACAACUGCCUGUGUUUCAUGAUCCGCAUCGGGGAUCUGAGGAAGAGCAUGAUCAUCGGAGCCACCGUCCGGCUGCAGGUGGUGAGGAAGACGACCACGCCGGAGGGGGAGGUGAUCCCCAUCCAUCAGAUCGACGUCCAGACCGAGACGGCGUUGGCCAGCAACAGCCUGUUCCUCCUCGCCCCGCUCAUCAUCUGCCACAUCAUCGACAAGAACAGCCCGCUGUACGACCUGUCGGCCAUGGAGCUGCAGUGCAGCGACCUGGAGGUGAUCGUCAUCCUGGAGGGCGUCGUGGAGACGACGGGGAUCACCACGCAGGCCCGGACCUCCUACGUCUCCGACGAGAUCCAGUGGGGUCACCGCUUCGUUCCCAUAGUGACGGAGGAGGAGGGCGUGUACUCUGUGGACUACUCCAAGUUUGGUAAUACAGUCAAGGUGACGACCCCCCGCUGCAGCGCCAGGGAGCUGGACGAGAAGCCCUCCAUCCUGAUCCAGACUCUGCAGAAGAGCGAGCUGUCGCACCAGAACUCGCUGAGGAAGAGGAACUCCAUGCGACGCAACAACUCCAUGCGUAAAAGCGCCGGAGGCAGCGGGGGUCUGCGCAGGAACAACUCGGGGCUCCUGACACCCAAGGUCCAGUUCUUCACCCCGACCGAGGGGGGCCAGAACCUGAACGCCGUUACCUGACAUGAGGCCUGCCUAGUGCGGGUUGCCCUGCUCCUCCUGGUGGCCAGGAGGAUUCUGGGUGUUGGUGUUUCUCCGUGUCUAAUGGGACUCCUUCUCUUCCUGUUCCCUGCCUUAUCUAGACUCCCGACACUCUUAAUGUUACCCCGUGUUCACACGCAUGGAGUAAUCUAGUUCUUAUUUUUAGAAUCAGCUGUCACCUUUUCUCUCUCUUCAUUAUCAAUAAAGCACUCAUAAACAUCAGGCCUUUAUGCCUGUUUUACCUUUUCUAGGGAGAUGUAUUUUCUUAUUGAAUAAAGUCACAGUCUAACCACUCGUAUAGCGGUAACCAAUGGCAAUCAA